AUGUCUCUCACACCUAGGUCUCAUGCCCCCAUUUUCCUUCUUGCCCUUGUUUUCAUUCUUCCUCUCAUAGGGACAGCUAAAGAAGAAUAUUCUUCUUCUUCUCAUCUUGAAGAGAUUCUCCGCAACCAUGGUCUCCCAGCUGGUCUUUUUCCCAGAGGUGUGAAAUCAUUUGAACUAGAUCGAAUGGGUCAUUUAGAGGUACACUUAGAUUGCCCUUGUUUAGCCCAAUAUGAAACCACUGUGUUUUUUGACACUCUUAUUAAAGCAAAUCUCAGUUUCGGACAACUUAAGGUUUUGAAGGGUAUGUCUCGUCAAGAGCUUUUCUUGUGGCUACCUGUUAAAGAUAUCCUUGUCACCGAUCAAUCUUCUGGUCUAAUUAUUAUUGAUAUUGGUUUUGCCUUAAAACGACUCUCUUUCUCACGUUUUGAUGAACCUCGGGCUUGUAGAUCUCAUCAUGGACUAGGGUUUCGUAUGGGUGGUAGGAAGGGUAUUGGAUUUGGAUAUGGAGGUGGUCACUCAGAUCAAAGAUAA